ACCUUGGAAUUUUCAAAUCAUUUUGGCUCUAAAUCAAUCAGUCAAUCAAAUAAUCACUCAUUUCUACAAUCUUCUUCUUCCUUAAUCAUGGGAACCUCAGAGAGCCGCGAGGAUCACAUAUCAGACUCCGACGAAUACGAAGAAGAAGAAGAUCAGGAAGAAGAAGAAGAUCAGGAAGAAGAAGAUCAGCAAUACGACGGCGUUUCAGAGCAAUUCCAACAGAAGCCCCAUUCCUCUUCCACCCCCAAAUCCAAAAUCCCGACGUCCAUUGACGACGUCGACGCCAAGCUCAAAUCUCUAAAGCUCAAGUAUGGUUCUCCUUCUCCUUCUGAUUCGAAGAACGCUGUGAAGCUCUACCUUCACAUCGGCGGGAACACGCCCAAGGCGAAGUGGAUCGUCUCGGAAAAGCUCACAUCGUACGAAUUCCUCAAGACCUCCGACGCCGACGAAGAUGAGGAUGAAUCGGACGGCAGGGGAAAGUCCUGGUGGGUUCUGAAGGUCGGGUCGAAGGUUAAUUGUAGGGUUUCGACCGACAUGCAAUUGAAGCUGUUCGGCGGCCAACGGCGCGUGGAUUUCGUGUGCCGAGGCGUCUGGGCGUUGAAAUUCUACACCGACGAGCAGUACCGGAGAUUCGUGACCGAAUUUCAGGACCGUUUGUUUGAGAAUGUGUACGGAAUUCCGGCGACGGAGGAGAACAAGGUGAAGGUUUACGGGAAGGAGUUUAUAGGGUGGGUUAAGCCGGAAUCGGCUGACGAUUCGAUGUGGGAGGACGCCGACGAUGAGCUGACCAAGAGUCCUGAGCCGGCGGCGACUCGGUCGAGACAGGACCUGUUGGAGGAGUUCGAGGAGGCCGCGAACGGAGGCGUGCAGAGCCUGACACUCGGCGCUUUGGAUAAUAGUUUCUUAGUGAGUGACAAUGGCGUUCAGGUUUAUAGGAAUUUCAGCCAUGGAAUUCACGGGAAGGGCGUUUGCGUGAAAUUCGACGGCGGGAAUUCGCGAGGCGCUUCGGGUUUGGGGAAUUCAGCUCCGAGCAAAGCCAUGCUUAUGAGGGCAGAGACUAAUAUGAUGCUCAUGAGUCCAUUCAAGGAAGGGAAGCCUCACUCCACGGGGCUUCAGCAGCUCGAUAUCGAGACGGGGAAGAUUGUCACGGAAUGGAAGUUUGAGAAGGAUGGAACGGAGAUCACAAUGAGGGAUAUCACCAAUGACACGAAAGGUUCGCAAUUGGAUCCUUCGGAGUCGACUUUCUUGGGGUUGGAUGAUAACAGGCUUUGUCAGUGGGAUAUGCGUGACCGGAGAGGGAUCGUUCAGAACAUCGCAUCUGCAAAUUCCCCGGUGCUGCAUUGGAGCCAGGGGCAUCAGUUUUCACGGGGGACGAAUUUUCAGUGCUUUGCCACCACCGGAGAUGGGUCUAUUGUAGUGGGGUCUGUUGAUGGGAAGAUAAGGUUGUAUUCCAAGUCGUCGAUGAGGCAGGCGAAGACUGCUUUUCCGGGGCUUGGUUCGCCGAUUACCCAUGUGGAUGUAACUUAUGAUGGGAAGUGGGUUUUGGGCACUACUGGUACCUAUUUGAUCCUUAUUUGCACUCUGUUUACUGACAAGGAAGGGAGGACAAAGACUGGAUUUAGCGGUCGGAUGGGGAACAGAAUACCAGCUCCGAGAUUGUUGAAGCUGACUCCUCUGGAUUCUCAUUUGGCUGGCACAGACAACAAAUUUCAUGGUGGCCAUUUCUCAUGGGUUACUGAAAAUGGUAAACAAGAGCGCCACCUGGUUGCAACAGUGGGCAAGUUCAGCGUGAUAUGGGAUUUCCAGCAGGUCAGGAACAGCGCGCAUGGAUGUUAUCGAAAUCAGCAAGGCCUUAAGAGCUGUUACUGUUACAAGAUUGUGUUGAAGGACGAGUCCAUCGUAGAGAGUCGUUUCAUGCACGACAAGUUUGCCGUCAGCGAUUCCCCUGAAGCUCCGCUUGUGGUUGCAACCCCUAUGAAAGUCAGUUCAAUCAGCCUCUCCGGGAAAAGAUGAAUUUGCCUUUGCCUUUCGAAAGUGUGUUUGCAUUAUUGUGCUUGUAUGAUUUCACUUCAAAUGUUAGAUUUCAAGCUUUGUCAUGUGUAAUUAGAUAGGUUUCCAUUUUUUUCCCCUCUCUCUCUUCUGUUCUUCUAUCUAUGUUUACCUCGGCUUUUGCUUGUAAUCAUUGUAAGAGUUCAAUUUA